AUGGACAAUUUAACUGGGAUUUCAGAGGAUUCAGAUUACACAUCAGAUGUGUCAUUCCCUGUGCAUAAUCCCAACAGCUCAGUGCAUCAGUGGGACAGUCAUUUACAUCCCAGCCGAAAUUCAAGGCAAUAUGACAAAAUUUUUUUGCAGUUUGAACAGGCAAGUUAUGAGGAUGAAGAAGAUGCCUAUCGACAACAGUAUGAUCUUGUUGAUGAUGCUCAUGGAAGGCAGGUACAAAAAUCAGAUGAAUACUAUGACGGACAUGCAGCAGAAACGAAUGCCUCAACGUCACAUUAUGCAGACAUAGACGUACCGGUAAAACAACAGUCAGUACUGCAGAAUGCUUAUGAUACUGAUCAUAUCGAUCAGUGCAUCAGUUCUGAAAUGUAUCCGAAUAGCUGUAAUAACGAAUAUCGCCAUAAACGUCACCGAUCUACUGGAGAGUUGGACGAUUACUUUCUACCAAGCACAUCUGGUGAGCAAUUUCAGAAUGACGAUUAUCGCGAUGGUCCAGAUUCUAGCAGGGAGCAUUGGGAAGACGAAAAUGGCGAUUGGACAGAAGAGCAAGAACCGCUAUCAUACAACAGCAGGCCACAACCAUCACAUCCAGCUAUGUAUCCAGUAAGCAGGCGCUAUCAGAUUGAAGACGAAGAGGAGGAGCACUGGAGCGACCCGAGCAUUGUGGCACAGAAAAGAUUUUCAUCGACUACAAGUCAGUAUGAUAUGCCUCCAUCAGAAUCCGAGCGUGAUUCCUUCAGUAGAACUGAAACCGAUCACUAUGCAAAAGAAUCUGACGGACAGACAUCUGCAGUUAGCGAGCAAUCUAUACCGUUAGCUAACGGAACUAUUGGAGGCUUCCAUUGCUGCAACCAACCUCAUAAUUCUCUGGAAAAAGAUGUGAAGGAAAGCGUAGAAAAUGAAUUCAAUCAUACUUUCGACACCGAGUACAAGCAGGAGCCCAAGAGCCAUCCAGCUACGUCGCUAGUAUUUCUUCAAACUGACAAAAAUUCCAGGAAUCAACCAAGUGAUUCACAGUUGAGAUCGAAAAGAAAUUACAGAGAUUUGUGGCAUCAAGCCUAUAGCGAAGCAUGCCGAAAACUCGGCAUCAAGGCUUUAGUGGCUGACAGGGAACAAUUAUUUGGUUCUUGA